AUGUACAUAUUACCAGUGGCACAAUCACUACCACCAAUCCAAAUAGCACUGGCUCUUCGACGCGGUAGUAGAGAAAGGAGAAAAUCGCAAAAGCGCUGGGAAUCCCGGGAACAUUGGUACUCUGAACUUAUAUUCCGCGAUGCAGCUGCGAGGAUUAGAAGGAUAGGCCAAGAUCUCAAAUAUCAACUUGUGGUUCAAAGAGUCUACAAACAAGACGAAGAGGAGUUACUUGACGAUGAGGCUCAAGAACAGAGACUGGUUCUGGCCACUUGCCGCACUUUUCUUCUUCUCAUCGACAACUCUCCAAAAAGAUGGCAAAAUGAAGGCAAACUCGGGUUCGAAAAAUCAUUUGGUAAAGACUCAAAACCCCAACCCUGUCGUCUUGGUCUCACUCCAGCCCAUGUCGGCCAAUUCCAAUACGAGACUAGCACUGCCCUUUCGUUUAAACUGGCUCGAUUUAACAAUGUUGAAGAUCUUUCCAAAACAUAUAUCAUUACAGCUACAAGUCUUUUCAUCGUAAUAUGGAAUAUAAAGAAGAUCUUGAAGGAUAGUAAAGAUCCUUAUAGUAUCAAACACUACGCUAAAGAAGUGAAGGCAGACAAUUUCAAGUAUGGCAAUGACAAAAAUGUUAUUGUGACAUUACCGAACGAAGUUAAUAUGGUUGCAAAACAAAGCUUCAAGAAGUCGACCAAAGAAAGUAUUGCGAUGCUGGUUAAAGUUGAAUAG